AUGAGGGUGCUCUCUCUUGCCUGCCUGCUCAGCACACUCUGUGGAAUACAUGAGGCUGUAGUUCCUCAGAAUGACAAGAGAAGAAAUGAUAGGCCAAUCAUUGGUAUAUUGGCACAAGAGUUAAAAUAUCCUGAGCUGAAGCGUAAUUCCUACAUUGCUGCAUCUUAUGUCAAAACUCUGGAGGCUGCAGGAGCACGUGUCGUGCCUGUGAUGAUUAAUCGACCUGAGGAAGAAUACAGUCAGUUGUUCCACUCUAUUAAUGGUAUUCUUUUCCCGGGCGGAGCUGCAAACCUUCUGACAUCAGGAUAUGCUAAAGCAGCUCACAUCUUCUAUAAACUUGCUUUGGAGGCUAACUCCCGGGGUGAUUACUUUCCAGUGUGGGGUACUUGUCUGGGAUUUGAACAGCUGUUGGUCAUUACCAGUGGAGAAAAACUGCUUUGUCGGACUAACACCAGAGGAGUGUCCCUGCCACUGGAUUUUAAACAGGAUGCCACUCAAAGCAGACUCUUUAAAGAUUUCCCACCAGAAGUGAUGACAGCUCUGGCAACUGAAAACAUCACAGUGAAUUUUCAUAAGUGGAGCAUCUCCAUGGAGAAUUUCACAAAGAGCGAAGAGCUGAGAAACUUCUACAAAAUCUUAAGCACCAAUACAGAUGGGAACAUAGAGUUCAUUUCAACAAUGGAGGCAUACCAUUUUCCUGUGUAUGGAACCCAGUGGCAUCCGGAGAAAAAUGCCUUCGAGUGGAGUAGGAAAUACUACCCUCACACACAAUCUGCAAUCAAAACCACUUUCUACAUGGCAGACUUCUUUGUCAAUGAGGCGAAGAAGAACUCCCAUUCCUUUGCCAAUGAAGAGGAGGCAGUGAAACAUCUGAUCUACAACCACAAUCCAGUAUUCUCUGGUGCCUCUGGCUCCUCUUUCCAGCAAAUGUAUUACUUUGAGUAAACCACAGUAAAUGUAUAAUUAAAUUUUUAUUA